AUAAAAAAAGGAAGUUAAAAUAAAAUAUGUCAGACCCAAUUGAUUACAUUGACUUAACAAUAGAUUCACCAGUGGAUAAAUGUUUAAGACUACGAAAUAGAAAUGUUGAAAAUAUAUCUAACAAUAACACAAGAACGAAGUCACGAAAACGUAACUCAUCUAAACAACAAAUGCAGCAUAGUGAUUCUGUUAUAGAAAUAUCACUUGAAAAUACAUGUAAAGAUGUACAAGCAAUGGAAAUUAUAGAUUUAGACAAAACCAGUCCACCAGAACAAACUGCGAUAUCUUAUGUCGAUGAUUCUACUGAAGCAAACUUACUUGCAUUGAUUUGCCCAAUAUGUUUUGAACAAUUAUCUUCUAAGAUGAAACCUAUGUCUACUCGUUGUGGACAUAUAUUUUGUGCACAGUGUUUGGAAUUAGCACUAAAUACAGCUAAAAAAUGUCCAACAUGUAAAAGAGCUGCCAGAUUAAAAUUUUGUACACGUUUAUACUUUUAA